UAAUAACCGGCUGCCGUGAAUUUUGUAAAAUCUUAUUUAGCUUUCAGACCUCUGCAACAUGGCCUUUUUAAAUUUGCUGCGCGAUACAUUUAGUGAUACCUUAAACUUACGGAACUCAUUAAGGAAUUCCUGCAUUCAAAAUGUCUGAUGCGGAAGGAGAUGAUGUUUCCAUGCCACAAGAAGCUGGUGGUGCCAUGGACAUCAACACUGCCCUACAAGAAAUCCUGAAGCAAUCUCUUAUGCACGAUGGGUUAGCACGAGGUUUGCGUGAAGCAGUUAAAUGCCUUGACAAACGACAAGCAUUGUUGUGCAUCCUGGCUAACAACUGUGAUGAACAAACUUACGUCAAACUUAUUGAGGCUCUCUGUGCAGAACACAACAUCAAUUUAAUAAAGAUUGAAGACAACAAAAAAUUAGGAGAAUGGUCAGGUUUAUGUAAAAUUGAUAAAGAAGGAAAAGCAAGAAAGGUUGUUGGUUGUAGUUGUGUAGUAGUGAAGGAUUGGGGAAAAGAAUCACAAGCUCAUGGUGUGCUUAUGGACUAUUUCAAGUCGAAAAGAACUUAAAAACAUAUUGUAAAAAACAUGUAGCAAGAAAAGCGCAGAAAAAUAGUAAA